UACCGGAGCCCCUUCCGAAGCCCCUACACGAGUCAAAACCUCUUCCAAUGGCUACUGUCUACGCACAACCUGCUGCUGCCAACUACUACUCUCCCGGGCCUCAUAAUGCUCCCAAGCAAAGAGGUUACCGCCUCUGCGACCAAUGCGGCGCCGUUGAGAACCCCUCGAUCUCCCGGUUUCGUCUGUGUGGCGGAUGUAUGAUCACUCAAUACUGCUCGCAGGAGUGCCAGAAGUCACACUGGGCAUCACACAAAGCUAUCUGCCAGCACACUUCAUCUCAGGUCAAGCAGCCCGUCGCUCCGAGCCAAGAUGAAAACCUAUUCAAGCACCUCCGUAAAUUCACAUCAACUCACUCCGAGUUGCUUGGUUGGGCUGGCUUCCAAGCGCUUCAACUCAAGCGCAUGCCAUCCAACAUCCGGCAUAACGCUCUCCUUAUUGAGCUCAACUAUCGCCCAUCGUCAGAUGCAAGUCGUCGGUUCACCGUAAAGGGAACUCACAUAGUCCCUCGUACAUAUGUCACUGAUAACGAUCAACUCGUUGCUGCGGACAUUCACCGACGAGAGGAACGUUGUCGUCAGCGAGGUGGUAUUGGUACAGCUGUUGUUCUCAUCCAAUGCGGUGACAUCAGUCAAGUCAUGCCUGUGGAGGUCGACUCUCCGAGUAGAAUCACGUGGGAUUCGCGAGAUGACUGGGCUGAGGUGCUUCAGCACUUCGUCGACUCCGGUCGGACAGACUUCAAGCCGAUAUCAUCAACUCGUGGAGGAAUCGUUUAUGGAUGAACUUGACAUCCUCUCGUUCUCCCUGCGCUGUUGUGGAUCGACGGCGUUUCCUCAGUACAUUCCAUCUUUCAAUUGUGUCACGUUGUCAUGAGAUCUUCCGGGACGAUGUUACUUUUCUCUUCGUUUGCUCUUCCUCCUUGCUCUAUAUUUUUCCCGUUCAUUUCUUGUUUGCGUCUACAUUCCAUUUCACCUUUUCGUGUUGUCUCGCAUCGCAUCGCCCCUAUCUCUGUAUCUUCAAGUUCGUUCGUAACUUAUGCACUGGCAUUUGUAGCAUAAGUGUAUCACUAUCUGGCUAAUUGCAUUUUCAUUCUAAAGUCUAUUCUGGCAA